GACAGAUUGCACACUUUCGCAGCUGGUGCAGAGCGCGAAUUAUUUCUAUUCCGAUCUCAUCAUUUGGAAAUUUUCCGUGCCGGGUAGUGUUCAGACCAUUGGUCGUCAGUACUCCAGGUCCGGAAAUUCUAGUCCACUGCAGAAUUAGAAAUUAGAAUGAUGGGAUGCCGAUUUCGGUGGGUAGUGGGUCAGGCAACAACUGCAUUUAUGUCGACUCGUCAAUCCAUUGGAGCAAAUAUAAUGUUGAAUAGGGGACAUCUGGAAAACUCUAGGAAUUUCUCACACCAAGCUUAUUGUAGACUGAAUUUGUCACGUCCUCAAUCAAACUAUCUGACCACUGUAAUUAGCAGUAGAUACAGUACUGCUACAGGAGGACAGAAUCAGCGACCCGAGGAAGUACCUACCAAGUCAAAAAAUGACCGAUUUAGUCCAAUCACAUGGCGCAGCGUUGGGAUGGCCGCAGCCAUAGGUGGAUUAAUGUUGGGUUUCAUGAUGUAUUUGAAACAUGAGAAAGAGUUGGCAAUUGCUAAAGAGAGGAAAAAGGCUUUAGGUAAAGCAUCAAUUGGUGGACGUUUUGACCUCGUCGAUCACAAUGGAAAGGCAUGCAAGAGUGAAGACUUUUUAGGCAAAUGGGUGUUGAUUUAUUUUGGAUUUACACAUUGUCCUGAUAUUUGUCCUGAAGAAAUGGAAAAACUUGCAAAAGUUGUUGACAUAAUACAGGAAUCGCCGAAAAACGAAAUACCUAUUGUACCAUUGUUUAUCUCGGUGGAUCCCGAACGAGAUACGGUAGAAGCUGUUCGAAAAUAUGUUCAUGAAUUUUCCCCAAAAAUUAUUGGACUGACGGGUUCAGUAGAACAAGUUCAAAAAGCAUGCAAAGCUUACCGAGUUUAUUUUAGUGCUGGGCCGAGAGAUGAACAAAACGAUUAUAUUGUGGACCAUACAAUCAUAAUUUAUCUAAUCAAUCCUGAUGGUGAAUUUGUGGAUUACUAUGGCCAAACCAAGACUGCUGAUGAUAUAUCUAAUACAAUUAGCAUCAGUGUUGAAAAAUUCAGGGCAAUGAAGAGCAAAUGGUUUUAGAGUACUGAAAUUUUACGGAAAGUGUAUAGUAUUCUUUAGUUUAACUUGCCUUUUGUUAUCUUUCUAUCACUUGUAUUUUAUAAACCAGAAGAGCAGAGUAAAUUCAGACAUUCUAAA